AUGGUGUCGGCCCCUCUGGUUCGGCCAGUCAUGGCGACCCAUUCUUCACAUCCCGCGAGGCUAUCACUCGUCCUCCUUCUCACGUCGCUCGCAGCCGUUUUAGUCGCCGCGCAGAGCUCCUACAGCAUUGCGGACACGCCUCCUCGCUCUGCCUCCGCCUCUCCGCCGCCAUCCGCCACUCCCCCGCUAUCCGCCUCUCCUCCGGCCUCCGUCCCUGCGCCUGCAAACACGUCUGCCUCGGCGCCGCUGCUUCUUCCGUCCGCCGCUGGCGGAGGCGGUCUGGGCGCCGAGGCCGGUGGGAAUGGAUCGGACACUCGCAGUAACGCAUCGUUCAUUAGCGGAAUACUGGAUGGCGAAUAUGGCAGGUACCUGCAGGGGGGGCUGACGGCGAACGUGUGGGGGCAGCCGCUGGUGACAUCACGGCGCAAUGCUGCCACCUUCCCUGCGAUCAACGCCCUUCUGCGCCAAACCAACAUCACCUCCGCUCAAGACCAGUCCACCAUCCCCCUCUCCAACACGGACACGCUGUACGCAGCAGCAUGGCUGGACCUCGCCGCGGGCCCUCUACUCCUCUCCCUGCCGCCCAUCCCCCAGCCGCGCUACUACAGCGCGCUGCUGCUCGACCCCUUCAGCGACGUGCUCGCCGUGUUCGGUGCCCGCACGCAUGGGGCCGGGCCGCUCGCUGUCACGGUGCAGUGGGAUGGGCAGGGGGAGGGACAGGGGGGAGAGGGGACCAACUCCAGUCAGGCAGGCGCAGCAGGGGAAGGAGGAGGGGAUGGGGAAGGGGGAGGGGGCGGGGGUGGGGGAGGCGGUGGUGGUGGGGGAGGAGGUGGAGGGGGAGGAGGUGGGGGAGGGGGAGGGGGAGGGGGAGGGGGAGGGGGAGGGGGAGGAGGAGGGGGAGGGGGAGGGGGAGGGGGAGGGGGAGGGGGAGGGGGAGGGGGUGGGGGUGGGGGAGGGGGAGGGGGUGGGGGAGGGGGAGGGGUAGAGUCGAGCAGCAGCGACACGGCGCGCACAAUGCUGAGCGUGAGCAGCAGGACUCGCAGUGUGUUUGUGAUCGUGCGUGUACUGGUUGCGGGGCCUGAUGACGUGGCAGCUGCCAGCAGCCUGCUGAGCAACGUCACUCUCACGCGCCCUGCCACCAACGCCCCCCCCACUCCCCUGCCGCCGCCCGACCUCUCUGAGCUGACGGGGCUGCCAGAUGGCAUGCAGCGAUUGGUGCUCAUCGACCGCACACUACAGGACAAUCCGCCCGUCCAGGACGAGGCUAACCUCGAAGCACUCAACCAGCUGGCAGCCAUAGGCAUAUCCUCCUCCUCGCCGCCCUUCUCCCCCGCGGCCCUCUCACCGCUGCAGAGCACAGCGCUCUCGCAGGCGUACACAGUGGCGAACGUGACGAUACAGGGCGCCUACACGCUCAUGCUGCUGGGCGUGAACCGCUCCGUGGUCGUCAACCGCUGGCUCGCUGACACGUCGCUGGGCUACUAUGGCGAUCGCUUUCUGUUCCGAGCAGCCUUCUCAUCCACAGGGGGCCUGGGGGCACUGCCAGCAGCGGAAUCCCUCUACUUCUUCACCUGGCAGGGGCCCUUGGGCCUGCGCUACGACGGCAGCACUGCCAACUACUCCCUGCACCUCUCUCCACCGCCCGUCACCGCGUGCGGCUUCUGGUCGCUGACAGUGUACGACGCCGAUGGGUUCCUUCCUGCAGGCGUGUGGCGGAGCAGCAUAGGGGAUCGCACCAAGGGGCUGGCUUACAACCCGGACGGCACACUCACUGUGCCUAUCCAGACAGCCGCGCCGGCCAAUGCAAGUGUGGGCGGCAACUGGCUGCCGACACCGAAUGCAACGUUUUCGGUGGUGCUGAGGGUGUAUUGUCCCGAGGAGAGUGUGCUGAAUGGGGAGUGGAGGCCUGAGGCCGUGCAGGUGGUGUGA